AUGAGACUCCUUACGCAUAAUUUUUUGAAGUGUAAUGAAACUCAGUGUACAGAAGGUUAUCCAUUGAUAAUAAAAUUAGACAAUAAUUCUGAAGAAAAUAUAAAAAUUUUAGAUCAAGAAAUGAAUAUAGAAUUUGUAAAAAAUGUAUUGAGUAAAGUUGAUUAUGAUGUUUUAUAUAAUACGGCUAAACAAUUAGGAAUAAAUCUGUUAUCUAGUUAUUCUAGUGAACACUUAGAAAAUGAAGAGUUUUUAAACUCAAUUCAUCAUGCUCUUUUUAAGGUUCAUAUAAUGGAAGGCACCUUAGUAUGCCCCAAAUGUAGCAUUUCCUUUCCAAUAAAAGAUGGUAUUCCAAAUAUGUUAACAGGAAAUGAAAAAUAA